AUGUCGGGGCCAAGCAGACAUGUCGGGGCCAAGCAGACAUGUCAGGGCAAAGCAGACAUGUCAGGGCCAAGCAGACAUGUCGGGGCCAAGCAGACAGGUCAGGGCCAAGCAGACCUAUCAGGGUCAGGUAGACAUGUCAGGGCCAAGCAGACAUGUCAGGGCCAGGCAGACAUGUCAGGGCCAAGCAGACAUGUCAGGGCCAGGCAGACAGGUCAGGGCCAAGCAGACAUGUCAGGGCCAGGCAGACAGGUCAGGGCCAGGCAGACAUGUCGGGGCCAAGCAGACAUGUCGGGGCCAAGCAGACAUGUCGGGGCCAAGCAGACAUGUCAGGGCCAAGCAGACAUGUCAGGGCCAAGCAGACAUUUCAGGGCCAAGCAGACAUAUCAGGGUCAGGCAGACAUAUCAGGGUCAGGCAGACAAGUCAGGGCCAAGCAGACAUGUCAGGGCCAAGCAGACAUGUCAGGGCCAAGCAGACAUUUCAGGGCCAAGCAGACAUAUCAGGGUCAGGCAGACAUUUCAGGGUCAGGCAGACAGGUCAGGGCCAAGCAGACAUGUCAGGGCCAAGCAGACAUAUCGGGGCCAAGCAGACGUGUCAGGGCCAAGCAGACAUUUCAGGGCCAAGCAGACAUAUCAGGGUCAGGCAGACAUAUCAGGGUCAGGCAGACAGGUCAGGGCCAGGCAGACAUGUCAGGGCCAAGCAGACAUGUCAGGGCCAAGCAGACAUUUCAGGGCCAAGCAGACAUAUCAGGGUCAGGCAGACAUAUCAGGGUCAGGCAGAGAUGUCAGGGCCAGGCAGACAUGUCAGGGCCAAGCAGACAUGUCAGGGCCAGGCAGACAGGUCAGGGCCAAGCAGACAUGUCAGGGCCAGGCAGACAGGUCAGGGCCAAGCAGACAUGUCAGGGCCAAGCAGACAUGUCGGGGCCAAGCAGACAUAUCAGGGUCAGGCAGACAUAUCAGGGUCAGGCAGACAGGUCAGGGCCAAGCAGACAUGUCAGGGCCAAGCAGACAUGUCAGCGCCAAGCAGACAUUUCAGGGCCAAGCAGACAUAUCAGGGUCAGGCAGACAUAUCAGGGUCAGGCAGACAUGUCAGGGCCAAGCAGACAUGUCAGGGCCAAGCAGACAUUUCAGGGCCAAGCAGACAUAUCAGGGUCAGGCAGACAUAUCAGGGUCAGGCAGACAUGUCAGGGCCAAGCAGACAUGUCAGGGCCAAGCAGACAUUUCAGGGCCAUGCAGACAUAUCAGGGUCAGGCAGACAUUUCAGGGUCAGGCAGACAUGUCAGGGCCAAGCAGACAUGUCAGGGCCAAGCAGACAUGUCAGGGCCAAGCAGACAUGUCAGGGCCAAGCAGACAUGUCAGGGCCAAGCAGACAUAUCAGGGUCAGGCAGACAUAUCAGGGUCAGGCAGACAUGUCAGGGCCAAGCAGACAUGUCAGGGCCAAGCAGACAUAUCAGGGUCAGGCAGACAUAUCAGGGUCAGGCAGACAGGUCAGGGCCAAGCAGACAUGUCAGGGUCAGGCAGACAUAUCAGGGUCAGGCAGACAGGUCAGGGCCAAGCAGACAUGUCAGGGCCAAGCAGACAUGUCAGGGCCAAGCAGACAUUUCAGGGCCAAGCAGACAUAUCAGGGUCAGGCAGACAUAUCAGGGCCAAGCAGACAUGUCAGGGCCAAGCAGACAUUUCAGGGCCAAGCAGACAUAUCAGGGUCAGGCAGACAUUUCAGGGUCAGGCAGACAGGUCAGGGCCAAGCAGACAUGUCAGGGCCAAGCAGACAUGUCAGGGCCAAGCAGAUAUGUCAGGGCCAAGCAGACAUGUCGGGGCCAAGCAGACAUAUCAGGGUCAGGCAGACAUAUCAGGGUCAGGCAGACAGGUCAGGGCCAAGCAGACAUGUCAGGGCCAAGCAGACAUGUCAGGGCCAAGCAGACAUUUCAGGGCCAAGCAGACAUAUCAGGGUCAGGCAGACAUAUCAGGGUCAGGCAGACAAGUCAGGGCCAAGCAGACAUGUCAGGGCCAAGCAGACAUGUCAGGGCCAAGCAGACAUUUCAGGGCCAAGCAGACAUAUCAGGGUCAGGCAGACAUUUCAGGGUCAGGCAGACAGGUCAGGGCCAAGCAGACAUGUCAGGGCCAAGCAGACAUAUCGGGGCCAAGCAGACGUGUCAGGGCCAAGCAGACAUUUCAGGGCCAAGCAGACAUAUCAGGGUCAGGCAGACAUAUCAGGGUCAGGCAGACAGGUCAGGGCCAAGCAGACAUGUCAGGGCCAAGCAGACAUGUCAGGGCCAAGCAGACAUUUCAGGGCCAAGCAGACAUAUCAGGGUCAGGCAGACAUAUCAGGGUCAGGCAGAGAUGUCAGGGCCAGGCAGACAUGUCAGGGCCAAGCAGACAUGUCAGGGCCAGGCAGACAGGUCAGGGCCAAGCAGACAUGUCAGGGCCAGGCAGACAGGUCAGGGCCAAGCAGACAUGUCAGGGCCAAGGAGACAUGUCGGGGCCAAGCAGACAUAUCAGGGUCAGGCAGACAUAUCAGGGUCAGGCAGACAGGUCAGGGCCAAGCAGACAUGUCAGGGCCAAGCAGACAUGUCAGCGCCAAGCAGACAUUUCAGGGCCAAGCAGACAUAUCAGGGUCAGGCAGACAUAUCAGGGUCAGGCAGACAUGUCAGGGCCAAGCAAACAUGUCAGGGCCAAGCAGACAUUUCAGGGCCAAGCAGACAUAUCAGGGUCAGGCAGACAUAUCAGGGUCAGGCAGACAUGUCAGGGCCAAGCAGACAUGUCAGGGCCAAGCAGACAUUUCAGGGCCAUGCAGACAUAUCAGGGUCAGGCAGACAUUUCAGGGUCAGGCAGACAUGUCAGGGCCAAGCAGACAUGUCAGGGCCAAGCAGACAUGUCAGGGCCAAGCAGACAUGUCAGGGCCAAGCAGACAUGUCAGGGCCAAGCAGACAUAUCAGGGUCAGGCAGACAUAUCAGGGUCAGGCAGACAUGUCAGGGCCAAGCAGACAUGUCAGGGCCAAGCAGACAUAUCAGGGUCAGGCAGACAUAUCAGGGUCAGGCAGACAGGUCAGGGCCAAGCAGACAUGUCAGGGUCAGGCAGACAUAUCAGGGUCAGGCAGACAGGUCAGGGCCAAGCAGACAUGUCAGGGCCAAGCAGACAUGUCAGGGCCAAGCAGACAUUUCAGGGCCAAGCAGACAUAUCAGGGUCAGGCAGACAUAUCAGGGCCAAGCAGACAUGUCAGGGCCAAGCAGACAUUUCAGGGCCAAGCAGACAUAUCAGGGUCAGGCAGACAUUUCAGGGUCAGGCAGACAGGUCAGGGCCAAGCAGACAUGUCAGGGCCAAGCAGACAUGUCAGGGCCAAGCAGAUAUGUCAGGGCCAAGCAGACAUGUCGGGGCCAAGCAGACAUAUCAGGGUCAGGCAGACAUAUCAGGGUCAGGCAGACAGGUCAGGGCCAAGCAGACAUGUCAGGGCCAAGCAGACAUGUCAGGGCCAAGCAGACAUUUCAGGGCCAAGCAGACAUAUCAGGGUCAGGCAGACAUAUCAGGGCCAAGCAGACAUGUCAGGGCCAAGCAGACAUUUCAGGGCCAAGCAGACAUAUCAGGGUCAGGCAGACAUUUCAGGGUCAGGCAGACAGGUCAGGGCCAAGCAGACAUGUCAGGGCCAAGCAGACAUGUCAGGGCCAAGCAGAUAUGUCAGGGCCAAACAGACAUUUCAGGGCCAAGCAGACAUAUCAGGGUCAGGCAGACAUAUCAGGGUCAGGCAGACAGGUCAGGGCCAGGCAGACAUGUCGGAGCCAAGCAGACAUGUCAGGGCCAAGCAGACAUUUCGUUGCCUGAGCAACAUCCGAAGAGAAUGA